AUUUUACUGCGCUCCAGGCGCCAAAGCGAAUUUUAUAGAGAUUUUCCAGUCUUCGCAUUAAAUUUCAUGAUUUUCAGUUUUCAUCCUCUGAAUGUGAAUCUCCCCUUCGGAUUACUGCACAGGAUCUGCAUCGUUUGAUGGAGGGUGUUUGUGUGUUUUCCUUGUUAUAAUCCCAGUGGCAGAAAAUACCCAGCGAAGUUUUGCUGUCUGAUAGCGCGCACUCUGCACGGACCUGGUGAUUGCAGUACCUUCGUUUAUCCCGUUGUUUUAAUCCGGCGCCAUGUCCAUCGUGUACCGCAGCCUGGUCAACUCAGCCGAGCGCUUCGUUCCGGCCCGCCUGCGCCCCAUCUGGGAGCACCCGGCCGGUCCCAAGACCAUCCACUUCUGGGCGCCCCUGGGGAAGUGGGCGUUGGUCGUCGCCGGGCUGGCCGACGCCGCCCGUCCCGCCGAGAAGCUGAGUCUCAACCAGUCGCUGGCGCUGACGGCCACCGGGUUGAUCUGGUCGCGCUACUCCCUGGUCAUCAUUCCCAAGAACUGGAGUCUCUUCGCCGUCAAUAUGUUCGUGGCGGCCACGGGGAUAUCGCAGCUGUACCGCAUCUGGGAGUACCGCUCCACGGCGCCCACCGGGCCGGUGAUUGAGCCGGUGGCGGUGGCCGUGGUGGAGGAUGCGCACCACCUCCCGGGGAUCAAGCCGGGACAUGGGAAACAUUGACCCGGGAAUCUGUGGAAUAUUUAGCGAUUAUUCCAGCGAAAUAUGUUUUAGAAUUUUGGGUUUUAUGGGAAUGCGGUUGCGGAAGCGCGUUUGUCUGGAUUUCGGGCAGUUUAGUGUUUUACAUCAGUGAGAAAAGUUGGUCAAAUGAAUUUCUGAGAAGUGAAUUGGUGGCACUUGUCUGAGGUAGCUGGUAUUUUAUUUUAAUAAAAUUUAUUGCGACGGUGA